AUCUCUCUACCCUGCAAAAAGAAUGGGGAAGCAAAAGGUAGUGAUUGGCAUCUCUAUGAAGGACCAGAAAGCUCGUAGCAAGGCCUUCAAGAUCGCUGUCAGCCUCUCAGGAGUUGAUUCCACAUCUAUUCAGGCAGAGAAGGGGCAGUUAGAGGUGGUGGGCGACGUGGACGUGGUGGCACUGGUCAGCCAGCUCAGGAAGAGCUUGGGGCAGGCGGAGAAAAAGGAGGAGACACCAAAACCACAAACCAUGACAAUCACUUUCUUUCUUUAUAUUUUUUUCUUUUUUUUUUUGUUAUUUAUUUUUUUGAAACAUUCCGGGCCAGUCUUAUUAGUUUAUAGGCUCUGGCCAACCAGCUCAGGAAGAGCUAGCUUAGAGUAGACGGAGAUAGUCAGCGUGAGUUACGCUAAGAAAAAG